AUGGGGUGUAACCUUUCCAGCUCUACAAAGAAUGUGAACCCAUUUGGUGUAAAAGGUGUUCAUGUUGGUAGGGAUGGUGAUGUGGAUCUCACAUCGCGUAGCAUAAGCUACUUCGGGUUGGAUUUUGUUGGGCUCAUAAAUACGGGCGAGCUGCACACACCGCGGAAGUUACAUCUGACUGACAACAAACUCUAUACACUGGGCAAGGAAAUGACACUGCUACCAGACAUUGAAGAAAUUUACAUCGAUUGCAACAUUUUUGAGCGUCUUCCUGUCGUUUUGGGAGAUAUGCCACGACUUUGCGUAGUGGAUGCGAGCUCAAACAAUUUAGGUCAUCACGUCCACGCUCUCGACGCGGUGUCACGCAUCGCUAAUCUUACACGACUCGUGCUGAGAAAUUGUUCGCUGACCACCAUACCGGCGUGUGUGCUCAGAUGUCCCGUCCUGAAGGAACUUGACGUAUCGAACAACGGCAGCCUCAAUUUUGGAGGUGUCCAGUUUUCGCAACUUCCAAUGUUGGUCCGCCUGUUCAUUGCAGACUGUGGUAUAAUCGGUGAACUUCCAAAUGGUGUUAGGAACCUCCAGUCGCUUGAGACGCUUGAUGUAUCGGGAAACGUCUUUGAGUUUGAGAAUCCUGACUUCUUUGGCGAGUUCUUGUGUGCCUCACUAACGGAGUUGCAUCUUAGAGAUCUGUACCUUGCAGCGGUGCCGCGUGUUGUGAUUAAACUGCGUAAGUUGGCUACUCUUGACCUUUCGCGGAACCCCUUGGAAACAUUGGAUGUGAUAGCGGGACGCCUCGUAAGAGAGUUCACAUCACGCGGCUCCAUGAAAACAAGCAUAUCUUCUAACCUAAUCAAUGAGCACAAUGAUGAUGCAACUAGUGUGGGGUCGCAGAGUAGCGCUGCGAAGAGCUUUGGACAGAACAAUCGCAAAGGGUGUAUUGUUGCGGUUCCUCAGCCCAUUCCCUUGAAGACGCUGUCACUACGUGCGUGUUCGCUGCGUACGCUACCAAAAUAUUUCCACCGCUUGACAAGUUUGGUAAAACUUGACUUGAGUGACAACGAUCAACUCGACGAUCCCAACUUGACGUUUAUCUCAUUCAAGCACUUGCAGGAACUUAACAUCGUCGGGUGUCCUUUCGCGGUAAAUAUCCGUGGGGCUAAGAACGAGUGGCUUGACAUUGGAAGUCUUGGUUCGUUGCAUACGCUUCAUUGGGAAUCAUGGAAGGGAGGACGCAACAUUAGCCCUUACCGCACACGAGUGCCACUGGAGAUUUGUGGUCUUAAUCUGCAACGCAUUAAUUGUAUCACGCUACGAAAGGGUUUGUUUGUGGGUGAUACUGUUCAGACGAUGGUUAACUUACUCAUGGAUGGCUAUUUCAAGGUAGAUAUUGCAAUAGAUGACGAACUUGUACCGAGUCAUCUGGGGGCAGUGUGCACACUCCAUCCGCUUGGGUGGUUUUUCUUCUCAAGUGGUGAGGCUGAGGAGGGGCCCACGGGGAAUAAUGACAAAAGCGGAAGGUGUGUUGGUAACGGUGGUGGGAAAGAUGAAGAAUGUAGCGCGAAGAAGCCUCAGGUGGCGGAUCCGGGUGAGAACGUGGCACCUUUUUUUUCGGUGGGCAAUCAUCCCUCAGACGGUAAAUUGCGGCGGGACGUGCUCCAAAUUGUAAUAAGCCGCUAUAUAUUUUUUCUUGCGAUGCAGGCUGCAAACUUCAAGGCUGUUAUUGUGCCCCCUGUAGAUGUUAUGGCGAUUCAUUACGCUCAAAUGACCCAAGAUCCCGUAGCGUACCGAAGAGACUGUGAAGCAGUGUGCCGCCAGGUGUUAAAUUGCAACUACCGCAUGCUCUUCCUUCAGAAACACGAGGAUCCGCAAGGGGUGAAGGAGACGUUGGCAGCCAGCAAACACGUUUGGGAUAGAAUGAUUCGAACCGUACAGAAGGAUCUUCAUUGGUUACACUACGACUUCUGGGAGCUGCGAGCCAAGCAGAAUCCCUCCUCAAGAAACGCGUUGCAGGAUGGUGAUACGGUUUCUUCCAUAGAGGAUGAAGUUCGGGACAUUUUAGCUACCUUUGGUGUAUCCGGAUUUAUAAAUGGGAAACCCCUGGCCUCCUCCGUGGUGGGGAAUCUUGACGGCCUACACAAUGUUAAUUCAGUAGCUGACCUUAGUGCCGUUUUGGACCCAUUCAUCACGGCACACUUUCAGAAUCAGAGCAUGGACCGUUUUGCCGUUUCAUUACAGAGGUUUUUUAGUAUGAAUAACCAUUUCAUUGAGCACGAGGAAAAACUAAAGGUACAGUUUAUGGACUGGACCCGUUAUGUAAAGUACCUUGCCCUCUACGCGCAAAUUAAUCGCCUGAAGGAUCCAAAAAUUGACACAGACGAUGGGGAUCAAGCGGCUACUGAACUGAAAAAUCUGUCAAUAUUUUCUUCAGACUCGUACCUGCCGCGUCCCCAAAAGUCAAUAGCACCCCUUCAGGCAGCUUUGCGCCGGAGUAGGCAAGCUGAUAGCAGCAAACCCUCCUCGGUUCAUGGGCAUCAAAACGGUACGGACACCGGAAACACAUACCAUGGCCACAAUGGCCCUCCAAAUAAGAAGGAGAUGUUCAAGUCACAACCUCCCUCGAAGCGUCCUUCAGUGCUUUCGCGACGGAGUGAUACCGAAUUUCAUGGACACCGCCGCCAAAGGCAACUAUCGACGACAGACCCCGUUCCAACAAUCGGUAUCACUCUGCUUCUGCACUGCCACCGUACUGAUCACGUAAAAUACAAGGAGGUACUUCACCUUCUCGGAAUUGACAAUGUGGAUGUUAUGUGGGAGGAAACUACGGAUGCGGUGGAUGAAACGAUGCGGUCAUGGAAUACACUCUAUGGUGAACACUAUGUGGAGGACGUUAACAUUGCAUUUGUCUCAUACGCCGCGAAGUACAAGGCAGGCGACAACACGCACGUGGACCCAACUUCGCGUGACCACAUUCAGACGUCGGCUGCUGUUUCACAUAGGCGAACGAAGUCGAAACGCAGUGACAAGCCUUACCGGGAAGUCAGUUUCUGUUGUGCAGAUAGUCAGAAGGGUAUUUAUUAG